AGCUCAGAAAAAUUCUGUGCUUGGUAGCUUCGUCGUGAAAGUCAUUGUAUUCCUGUUUGGUGUUGGUCGUACUUUUCCGAGGAUGUGGGUGCGCUCUUAGCAAUGGUGGUGUGAAUGAAAUAUUCAAAUUGCUUUGGUUUAAUUUCUAUCCUGGCUGAGGAAGAAAGUCUGUGAAUUCAUCAUGGCAGAGCGCCAGGAGGAGAAAAGAACUUUGAACUUUUCAGGCAAUGCCCGUAGCUAUGGCACAGCCAAGGCAGCAUCUGUCACCAGGCCCAAGUCUACAGAAACGAUAAGGCAUGAAAUUUGUGAGGGAGACACACUCCAAGGUUUGGCCCUACGCUACGGAGUAUCAGUUGAAUUGAUUCGCCAGGAAAACAAGCUAUGGACCAACGACAGCAUGUUUCUGCGGCCGCACCUGAUGAUCCCGCUGUCGAACCGCCAGCAGCCGCAGGCCGGCGGUGGCGCUGCCAGUGCCUCGCGUGACGCAUCCCCGGACGGUAGCGGCCGCAAGGGCAAGCGAAAGCAGCGAGGCGAGACUCCAUCGCCACGCGUGACUCCGUCACCAACGCCGGGGAGCACGCAGUCAACAAGCAGUCGCCCGUCGUCAGCAGCGGCGGCAACGGCAUCCGCCACUGGUAGCGCAGCACCUGCGGCUGUGAAGAAAACCGAGAUCGGCGAGCUCGACAAGUCGUCCGUGUCCAGCUUUCUGGCCAGCUUCGACACGCAGCUAUCGCUGGCCAAGACUUCGGUCGAGUCGCUGGAGAGCACGGUUGCGGAGCGGGUCGACGAACUUGGAGCAUCUGCCAAUGCUCAUGCACACGCUGCUGCCAUUUCCUACGCCGAACGCAGCAAGUGGGAGCAGAAGCGCAGCGGAAAGGGCAUGGGAGUGCCUACAACGACGUCACCCCCACCGUCAUCUUCGUUCUCCGGUCUGCGUCGCUUCUUGCCUUCAUCAGGAAAGUCAGAACGAGUUGCAAAGACCGAUUCGAAAACGCAGGCAGCAUUGGAUGCGCAAAGUGAGAGUUUAUUUGACCUUUAGUGCCUUCGAAUCCUCUAGCUCCUCGUCUACCUUGUCAUCACGCUAUCAAUGCUAUCGUGCUUGCGCUCUACAAGAGUCAUUGGAUCUUUGACUUGAACGCCUCGUCAUGGCCCUUGUCUCGUCAUGGCCCUUGUCAUGAACAUUGACGUGGACCCCCCCCCCCAUGGCCCGUACCCUGAUUAUUGAACACCUCAUUAUGCCCCGUAUCCCCCGUGCCGCCAUGAAAUACGUUUGUGCUGCUGCUGCUGCUACUAGGAAUCCCGCUGUCCGACUUCACCAUCUCUAUGCCUCUCGUUGUCUGUGUUGCCGCAGGAGGCGUGAGAACUAAGGAAACCUGUGAUUUCUACCGGACUGUGUUUAAAUCUAUGCUAAUCUCUUAGUACUAUUUACACAUGAAAGAUUUAUUACCCCGUCUUUUACGUCUUGUUUUUACCAGCUGGCUGGUCCUAUUUAAUUCGCCAUUUUAAGUCCUGUAUUGAACUACCAUUUUUGUCCAGCUACACGUGUAGUUUGUGUUGCUGUGGAUAAGUAGUCUUGCGCAGUUGCAUUUCAACUACAACCCUGUCAAGUCCGAAAUAAGUCGUUUUUUAUUCACUGUUUUGACUUUUUCUCGAAUCAACGAGCCUGUGCAUGUAUUGCUUGUAUUGUUUUCGGCACGCGGUAUUUCUGAUCGACGUUCCACCCUUGAAUGUCUUGUACCUCCGUUUCACACUCACACAUUCUAGCAUGUUUGUGUUCUAUAAUAUUGUACCGUGGCCACAAGAUCACUUCUUUGUUUUUGAUCGA